UAAUGAGUUAGUCAAUGUCACAAAGUUUCCUUGUUAAACAUUAUUGUCGAAAUCACCCUACAGAGUAAUUGACAAGCUUUUGUUCAACAGUAGAUUGCUUAAAACCUUUAUGUAAAGAAUGUAUUGAAUCACAUACUUAAUAUCAUAAUUAAAUAUCUUCAACUGCUAACAUUGAAAGCUUAGCAAAUGUUAAAUUGUUUUGCUAAAAAAAAAUACAAUCAGGAAUAAUUGAGAUAUAAAAAAUAUAAUCAAUUGUAAACUAAUAUGGUUAAACUGAAUACGAAGAUCAGACAAUUAAAGAUAUCAAAAAGGCAAAAGAAAAUGUAAUAAAUCUAGUUAAUUAAUACUUUACAUUACUAGAGGAUCAAUAUAAACAAUAUAUAGAAUCUUAAACUAAUUCUUAAUAAAUAUUUAUUUAGUAAUAAGAAAAUGUUUAAAAUUUUAUUAAUGAAUUAGAGGGUUUAUAUGUUGGAUUGGAGAGUUCAAAUUAAAUAAAUGUAAUCUAGAUUGUUUGCACUUUGGAUAUAAAAAAAAAUUAACUUAAAUUUAGGAAGGUAAUGAAAAAUUUAUAAAAUUUAUAACAAAAUAAUCCAUCCAUGAUUUAACUAAGUUAAGUUAAUUUAUAACAUAUUCAAUAAGCAUUAUCUAAUUAUGUAUAAAUUGAAUUUGUUCCUUUAUAAGAGAAUUUGUUACUCAAUACAAGUUAAAUAUCUUCAGUUUAUUAAGAAACCUAUCUUUAAUAAAAUGAAUUUUUUAAAAAUAAGUAUAAAUUAUUACACUUUUUUGAGACAGGUAAAUCAAUACUUUGGUUAUAUGACUUAAGUUUACCUAAUUAAUUAUGGAGACCUGUUUAAAUUUCAAAUUAUAUUGAAGUAUUACCAUUUUCAAAAUCGUUAAUAACUCCAGAUGGAUAGAUUUAUUUAACUGGUGGAUCAUUACCAAAUAAGAAGAAGAGUAAUAAAAUUUAUUAAUUCAAUUUUUAAAAUUAUCAAUUAUAAGAAAUUGGAUAAAUGAAUAAUGGUAGAAGUUCACAUGGUUUAAUUUGGAAAUAAAAUGAACUUUUUAUUAUUGGUGGAUAUUUAGAUAAUUUAUAAAUAACAAAUUAAUGUGAGGCAUUUGAUUGUAUAAAUAAAAGAAUAAUAAAAUUACCAAAUUUAAGUAAUGCUUUAGGAUCACCUAGUGUUAGUAUUUUUAAUGAUAUUGUUACAGUUGCUGGUGGAAUAAGUAAUAAGUUAUAUUUAUAUUAGUGCAAAAUAUGUCUAUUAAUUAAUAAAUAGAAUUUUUAUAGAAAGACAAUUGGGUAUCUUGUAUUAUAACAUCAUAAUUGACAACAAUGGCUUCAAUGAUGUGUUCAAUUUAAAUAGAAUAAAAUUAAUUAAUGCUAUUUGGUGGAUAUUCAGAAAAUAAUAAAGGAUCAAAAGAAUGUACUAUUCUAGAGAUAAAUGAUAAGACAGCUAAAGUAAUUUAAACUAAAUAACUGCCUUAAGCUGAAGGAUUUUGGAAUAAUAUACCAAUUAUUUAUUAAGGAAGGAUCUUGGCUUUAUAGAAUGUAGUGUUAGAUAAUUAAGGUAAUUGUGCUCAUGAUCAAAGAAGAAUUUUAAUUUAUGAU